AUGAACAGUUUAGAAUCUUAUUGUUUAUCAUUUAAAACUGGUGCAAUUGUAGAGAAUCCAAUGAAAACUCUUCCAUCGAAAUGGAAAGCAUGGAACACAUUAAUUGAUCGAUUGCCGGAACUAUCGAGAAAUCGCAGUUUGAGAAAAGAAGUAGAAUCAUUACCACUUUUAGAUUUGGAUGGUCUUGAUAAUCAUAAGGAAUUGAGAUUGGCACAUAAAAUUCUUGCUUUCAUAACUUCUGUUUAUGUGUGGCAAGAUGGAGAAGGUGGUGAAACAGAGUCAUUACCAGUACAAAUCGCUAAACCACUAUUACAAGUUUCUGAUAGACUUGGUAUACAGCCCAUACUGACCAAUGAAGAUCUAGUCAUAUCCAAUUGUAUUCCUUCAACUUUGCCAACAGAAGAACAAAGUUUGAGUUUUUUACAAUCUAUACACAAGCCCACAUAUCACGGAAGUUGGGAAGCGUUUAUAACUCUGAGUGCCGAAUGUGAACUAUUCUUUGCACCCAUAUUACUGGAAAUUAUGAAUGCCAUUAAAGCUCAAGAUCCAUUGAAUGAGGAUGCUAUCACAGAAUGCUUAGAAAAUAUAGUUAAAGCGUUUGUACAAUUUAGAAAUGCAUUAAAGAAUUUUUAUGGUAAAUUAAAUUCAGAAGAAUUCUAUGUCGAUUUAAGACCCAUUUUGUGUGGAUGGUCUCAUGGAAAACUUAAAGACAAGGGUCUAACUUACGAGACAAACUCACAACACAUAAACAAUAAUAAUAAUGAUAAGAAUGAGAAUGAGAAUAAGAAAGCCAUAUCAAGUUGUCCAUUUACUGGUCAACAAUAUACCAGCAACACGGAUCGACGGAAAUGUAUUGGAGCAAGUGCAGCACAGUCAAUAACGAUUCAGACGUGUGACGCAUUUUUCCAGAUAAAACAUGAUCCUGAGGAUGAAAAAUUCUUCCGUAAUAUGCAGACAUAUAUGAUAAAAGAACAUCGACAGUUUCUUCAAGAUCUAGCAAUGCACAGUCGAAUCCGUUGUAUAGUUGCUGAAAGCAAAUCUUCUCGUAUGAGAACAGCCUAUAAUCAAUGUCUUCAAUCAUUGUGGAAUUUCCGAAAUGCUCACAUAUCAUUAGUUAAAAGAUUCAUUAUACAACCAUCACAAAGUGCAGAUGCUAGAAUAAAACAACUUGAUAUUAAAGGAACAGGUGGUCAAUGUUUAAAUAUCUUUCUUCAACGUGUACGAGAUGCAACACUUUCUGCAACUUUGGUUUAA